AUGCGCGCGCACAAAGAGGCUGCCAGCCCCCUUCCGCUACAAGGCGGCUUCUUCAAAGCUCUCACACCCGCUAGCUUGCUCUUACCCUCUGGAGAGACACGGAAUGAGAGGGAGAGAGUGGGAGAUCAAUCAAGCACAUCGCUGGAAGAAAUGUUGCAACUUAUGCUUGGUGACGUUUCGAGAGUCCAUGCCAACUUCACCCAAGUUCUUCGGGCCGCUAUACGAAAAUAA